AUGCCUCCUGAGACACUCCAAACCUUACAAGAUCUGGAGAUCACGGGCCCGGCUGGGUCUGAACCAGAUGAGACGCCGUAUGGGCCCACCGAAAACGAUGGACUCCCAGCCCAAAUUGGACCUCUCGUUCCGCAGCCAGCUCCAGAGGCACACCCAUUCACCCAGCCACUCGCAGCAUACGACCAAUUCUAUCCGCCGACCUUAGGUUCUUUCGAAUAUAACAGCGCCAGCACAGUCCCGAUCGACCCAAGACUCGUAGAUGCUCAGCUUGGCCUUCCGGCAGCCUCUGGGCCUGGUGGCGGUUUCACCGGAUUCCAUAACAACCCGUGGGGACCCCAGUCGACAAGCUCCGUCCCCUUAGACAACCCCAUCGUGUCUGCUGAAUCUUUACCACAAUACAAUCCCACUGUGCCGCUCGUCCCUGGGAUGAGCAGCUUUGAGCCCAUGGUGAGGACUGCCUGGUCGUCGGAUGGGAGCUUACCGCCAGCACCAAGGGCCACGACGUCGUCGAGCCUGAGUAUGUGUGACGUGUCUACUCCAGCCAGCAGCCAUAGUCCGGGCUCUCCGAGCAAGAUCGGUGGCCGCAUCGCAGAACCACCUCCUGCCAGCACAAAAGCCUCGCCGAAGAAGCUGGGUAUGCCUUUCGAGCCGCGGGCGGAGCAUUCUUCCAAAAAGAAGAGGAGGCAGUCAUCCGGGCUUACUUCGACACAGACCAAGAGCGAGGGGGCAAGCCACCGAAACAACUCCGUGCCAAGUCUUUCUUCGAAGCAUCCACUCGCUCCAGCCGGAAUGCCCAUAGGCACUAUUACCAGCAAUGACAAGAAAAAGCAGAAUAGCCCUAGCAGCCAGCAGACGAAGGCGACCAGCAGCAUACCCUCCCAGCCUCCUGCACCGAGCUCCUCGAAGCCUUCAGAACCAGACCCACGCGCGCGCAAUCGAGCGGCAGCCAACAGGUGCCGCGCCAAGAAUAAGGUCGCCGUGGCGGAAUUGGAGGCCACGGAGAGGGCCAUGAGCACCGAGCAUCAGGAGCUUACACAGACGGCCAGGAGCCUUCGAGAGGAGGUUCUCACGCUCAAGAACCAGCUGCUCAUGCACGGCAACUGCGACGACGACGUCAUCCAGCGGUACCUGGCUAACUCGGCGCGAAUGGUCGGCACCGGUGUUAUUGGGCAGAGCCCAAUGCUACCGGGGAGCAUGUCAACAACGUACCCCGCUGGCAGCUUCCAGAUGGGGCUCCCUAGUAUGCCGUCUUCGUCUUCACAUGCCUCGACUGCCGGAGCAGCACGCGCUUCUCAGAAGGACCGUGCAAGGAAACACUGA